AUGUCUAUCUCAGAGUCAGGCUCCCCUCACGCUGUUCUGACUUCUCCUACUCAAUCGUACUUGGCCCAGGUGGGAGGUAUUAGCCUGAAGACCACCAAGGCCUUGAAGCCAUUCUCCACCGGUGACAUCAAGAUCUUGUUGUUGGAGAACGUCAAUUCGACUGCCAUCAACAUCUUCAAGAACCAGGGCUACCAGGUUGAGUUCUACAAGACCUCAUUGCCAGAGGAUGAGUUGAUCGAAAAGAUCAAGGAUGUGCAUGCCAUCGGUAUCAGAUCUAAGACUAAGUUGACCAGCAAGAUCCUCCAGCACGCCAAGAACUUGGUCACCAUUGGUUGUUUCUGUAUUGGUACUAACCAGGUUGACUUGGAGUACGCUGGUAAGGCUGGUAUUGCUGUCUUCAACUCCCCGUUCUCCAACUCUAGAUCUGUUGCUGAGUUGGUUAUUGCCGAGAUCAUCACCUUGGCUAGACAAUUGGGUGACCGUUCUAUCGAGAUGCAUACCGGUACUUGGAACAAGGUUUCCGCCAAGUGCUGGGAAAUUAGAGGUAAGACAUUGGGUAUUGUGGGUUACGGCCACAUUGGUUCCCAGUUGUCUGUUUUGGCUGAGUCCAUGGGUAUGAAUGUCAUUUACUACGAUGUGACCAUGAUCAUGGCUUUGGGUAACUCCAAGCAAGUCGAAACCUUGGACGACUUGUUGCAGAGAGCCGACUUUGUCACUUUGCACGUGCCUGCCACAGCAGAGACCAAGAACUUGUUGUCCACUCCCCAGUUUGCCGCCAUGAAGGACGGUGCUUACGUUAUCAAUGCCUCCAGAGGUACUGUCAUUGACAUUCCAGCCUUGAUUGAGGCUAUGAAGGCUGGUAAGAUUGCCGGUGCUGCCUUGGAUGUGUACCCACACGAGCCAGCCAAGAACGGUGAGGGCUUGUUCUCCAAUCAAUUGAACGGUUUCGCCGAGGAGUUGUGCUCCUUGAGAAACGUUAUCUUGACCCCUCACAUUGGUGGUUCUACCGAGGAGGCCCAGUCCGCUAUCGGUAUUGAAGUCGCCACCUCUUUGACGAAAUACAUCAAUGAGGGUAACUCCCUUGGAGCCGUCAACUUCCCAGAAGUGUCUUUGAGAGAUCUCGAUUUGGACCAAGAAAACAGCGUCAGAGUGUUGUACAUUCACCAGAACGUGCCCGGUGUGUUGAAGACCGUCAACAACAUUUUGUCGAAUCACAAUAUCGAGAAGCAGUUCACUGACUCUAGAGGUGACGUUGCCUACUUGAUGGCUGAUAUCUCGGAGGUUGACCAAACCGACAUCAAGUCCUUGUACGAGCAGCUAGAGCAGACUCCAUACAAGAUUGCUACUCGUUUGUUGUACUAA